AUGGAGAGCCAUCCGGACGAACCUCAUGGACCUUCCGAUCCUCGCUUCCAAAACAACGGUCUGCCAGGGGCACACAAUGAUGUCAGUGACAGCAACGUUACGGAUAAAGACUUGGAGGCGGGCGAAGGUGAAGAGCAUGAUCCAGAGGAGGAGGAGAGGGAGGAGGAAUUUAGACAGCAGGAGAAGGAAGCAGCAAAGGAUCCCAACCUGGUGGAAUGGGAUGGUCCGGACGAUCCUGAAAAUCCAAUGAAUUGGCCUUCAAACAAGAAGCUAAUCGUGACCUGCUUUUUGGCACUGUUGACCUUCGUAGUGACCUUCGCGUCGUCUGUCUUCAGCAACGCCACGAUCCCCGUUUCUGAACUGUUUCAUGUGUCACCUCUUGUAUCCACGCUCGGGACGAGUUUGAUGGUCUUUGGGUAUUCUGUUGGCCCCUUGAUUUGGGGUCCUGGGUCAGAAGUUUUUGGGCGAAAGGCACCACUGUUCUUUGGAUACGCAGUAUUUGCAAUCUUCCAAAUCCCCGUCGCCGUGGCACAGAAUUUACAAACAAUCAUGCUUUGCCGUUUCUUCGGUGGUGUCUUUGGUUGUGCACCGUUGGCUAUCGUUGGCGGCGCAUUGGCAGAUUUCUACGGCCCAGUGGAUCGGGGUGUUGCUGUGUGUGUCUUCGCUGCCGCAACAUUUAUUGGACCAGUGGCCGGGCCAAUUAUGGGUGGUUUCAUAACACAAAGUUACCUUGGCUGGCGUUGGACGGCCUACAUCACGCUUAUCAUGGCCUCCUUUUUCGGGAUCUUGGGUAUCCUCAUCAUCCCCGAGACGUCACAUAGCAAGAUCCUUCAGAGUCGUGCCAAAAGGCUACGUUUCGAGACCAAGAAUUGGGCAAUUCACUCGCUGGCCGAUGAGCGACAACUGGAUUUUCACUCCAUUCUCCAGGCUUAUUUCCUCAGGCCAUUCAUCAUGCUCGCUAAAGAGCCCAUUCUGUUUCUCUUGACAUUCUAUAUGGCUUAUAUCUAUGGUAUCUUGUAUCUCUUCUUUGAAGCUUACCCAAUCUCUUUUCAAGAAGAGCGCGGCUGGAACCAAGGUGUUGGAGCUCUUCCCUUCCUCGGCAUCUUGAUCGGUGUGCUGCUUGGAUGUAUUACGAUCGCGGCCGUCACAAAGACCCGGUUUGCCCGAAAGUUGGAGAAGCAUGGGAAGGUCAUUCCGGAAGAGCGACUUACUCCCAUGAUCGCGGGGGCCAUUAUAUUGCCUAUUGGUCUCUUCUGGUUUGCUUGGACGAGCAAUCCUCACAUCAAUUGGGUGCCGCAAGUCCUCGCUGGUAUCUUCAUCGGAUGGGGAAUCCUCAUGGUUUUCUUGCAAGGGUUGAACUACAUCAUCGAUGUUUAUAUGUGGUAUGCCAACUCAGCUAUUGCAGCAAAUACGGUGAUCCGUUCGUUGGCCGGUGGUGGAUUCCCUUUAUUCGCCUCUGCUAUGUACCACAAUCUUGGUGUUGCCUGGGCUACGUCCUUACUCGGAUUCCUUAGUAUCGUCAUGGUUCCCGCGCCAGUCCUGUUCUUCUUCUACGGAGCGAGGAUCAGGAAGAUGAGCAAGUUCAGCCCUUCAGUGUAA